UGACAGUCAUUACGUGCAUUGCUUUCUCCAUCCAGACCACACACCCAUGCUUGCAGUUGCUGUGUUGCACAGCAGGACCAAACUCAGAGAUUUAGAGAGGGAGGGAGGCACAGUUACCCUGCAGGGUGCAGCUGGACGGCAUCAACAAGACUCUCCCAAAACUGUCACACGUGUAACUCUCGUCUCAAUCAAAGCUGCCUGCUCCGCUCCGGCUCUGUGUCCGUCGAUUCAUUCGCUCCUUGAUUCCUUCACGGUGGAAGGGAGGUGAUUCUCCUCGCCGCCAUUUUUAGGGAACUGCCUAUCGAAGAGAGAAACUUUGCUAGCCAAUGCCUAACGUUAGCAGCUAGCUAGUUGGCCAGUAGCCUGCCUGCUUGCCAGUCCGUUGUGACAGUUAACGCUUGACAGUCGUUAGCCAGAGCAGCUCGCCUCACGUUAAAUUAUUCUUGCCGCCGGCCAGUGUGGAUGACAAAAACGGUAACUGCUAAAGUAAACAAUUUAGCUAGACUGGAAGUCAGCGUGACCGUUUGUACAGGGUAGGGCAAUUGUGCAGUCAGUUUAGCGAAUUAGCAGUGCUAACUUAUGAGCUAGCGAAUUCACACUUUGAUUUCUCUGGACUGCAUUGCUCGUCUGUGAUUUAGCGAUCGACGCUUCGCUCUGUCGUGUUCAGGGUGACUGGAUUAAUCAGCCGCUAACAACCCACUUCUCAACCUGUGUGGAUUCAUCUUGACUAGGUGCCCAUGUGCUGAUUCCCUAGGCCCAUCCAUUACUGCAGAUGAAUCUUCAGCUGCUUUGGCGUAGCUCAGCACCCAGAUAGUCCCAUCCCCUUUGCGUGGGUGAUACGGGACUACAUUAACCAGGAUGCCCUCCUCUGUAAGGGCAGGGAGCCUGAAGGAUCCGGAGGUGGCUGAGCUUUUCUUCAAAGAAGACCCAGAGAAGCUUUUCUCAGACCUCCGAGAGAUUGGCCAUGGCAGCUUUGGCGCCGUCUACUUUGCACGGGAUGUGCGCACAAAUGAGGUGGUGGCAAUUAAAAAGAUGUCCUACAGUGGCAAACAGUCGAAUGAGAAAUGGCAGGACAUUAUAAAGGAGGUGAAGUUUCUCCAGAGGAUCCGGCACCCCAACAGUAUAGAGUACAAAGGUUGUUACCUCCGUGAGCACACAGCAUGGCUGGUGAUGGAGUACUGUCUUGGCUCAGCCUCUGAUCUGCUGGAAGUUCAUAAAAAACCUCUACAAGAAGUGGAGAUCGCUGCCAUUACACAUGGUGCUCUGCAGGGGCUGGCCUACCUUCAUUCCCACAAUAUGAUCCACAGGGAUGUGAAGGCAGGUAACAUCCUGCUGACUGAGCCUGGGCAAGUCAAACUGGCAGACUUUGGCUCUGCCUCCAUCGCCUCACCUGCCAACUCCUUUGUGGGAACGCCAUAUUGGAUGGCCCCGGAGGUGAUUCUAGCUAUGGACGAGGGCCAAUAUGAUGGGAAGGUGGAUGUUUGGUCCUUGGGGAUCACCUGUAUAGAAUUAGCGGAGAGGAAGCCUCCCUUGUUUAACAUGAAUGCAAUGAGUGCCUUAUACCACAUAGCGCAGAAUGAGAGCCCCACACUGCAAUCUAGUGAAUGGACGGAUUACUUUAGAAACUUUAUCGAUUCUUGCCUUCAGAAAAUCCCCCAGGACAGACCGCACUCUGACGACAUGCUGGGUCAUGCGUUUCUGCAGCGUGAACGUCCAGACUCUGUGCUGAUGGAUCUUAUUCAGAGGACCAAGGAUGCGGUGCGAGAGCUGGACAACCUGCAGUACCGCAAGAUGAAGAAGAUCCUCCUUCAGGAAGCCCACAACGGACCCACUGCAGAAACCCAGGAUGGAGAUGAGGAGCUGGAGCCCGGCGGAGGUCGGACAGGAACGGUGAACAGUGUCGGCAGUAAUCAGUCCAUCCCCAGCAUGUCCAUCAGCGCCAGCUCACAGAGCAGCUCUGUCAACAGUCUGAACGAAGCGGCCCAGGACAGCCGCAGCGAGCUGGACCUGAUGGAGGGAGACCACACAGUCAUGUCCAACAGCUCUGUUAUACACCUCAAACCAGAAGAAGAGGAGAGUUUCUCUGGGGAGCAGGCAGCCAGCAGUCAACCCUCUGAGCCCCAGCCAACACCAGCUCAGGCCCCGAGGAAGCACUACCGCAACAGAGAGCAUUUUGCCACUAUACGCACAGCGUCACUCGUGACUCGUGAGAUGCAGGAACACGAGCAGGACUCUGAGCUGCGGGAGCAAAUGUCAGGAUACAAACGCAUGAGACGGCAGCAUCAGAAGCACCUGAUGGCCCUGGAGAACAAGCUGAAAGGGGAGAUGGAUGAGCACCGCCUGAGGUUGGACAAAGAGCUGGAGAGUCAGAGAAGCAACUUCACCCAGGAGAUGGAGAAGCUGCUCAAAAAACACCAGGCAGCCCUGGAGAAAGAUCUGAAGACUUUUGCUAACGACGAGAAGAAGUUCCAGCAGCACAUCCAGGUGCAGCAGAAGAAGGAGCUCAGCAGCUUCCUGGAGUCACAGAAGCGGGAGUAUAAACUACGCAAGGAGCAGCUCAAAGAGGAACUGAGUGAGAACCAGUCGACUCCCAAGAAGGAGAAGCAGGAGUGGCUGUCCAAGCAGAAAGAGAACAUCCAGCACUUCCAGGCGGAGGAGGAGGCCAACCUGCUGAGGAGACAGAGGCAGUAUCUGGAGCUGGAGUGUCGGCGGUUCAAACGCAGGAUUCUCAUUGCCAGGCACAAUGUGGAGCAGGAUCUGGCCAGAGAGGAGCUGAACAAACGGCAGACACAGAAGGACUUGGAACAUGCCAUGCUGCUCAGGCAUCACGAGUCGAUGCAGGAGCUGGAGUUCAGGCACCUGGGGACGAUCCAGAAGGCGCGGGCAGAGCUGAUCCGGACCCAGCACCAGACAGAGCUCACCAACCAGCUGGAAUACAAUAAGAGGAGGGAGAGGGAGCUGAGACGCAAGCAUGUCAUGGAGGUCCGACAGCAGCCCAAGAGCCUCAAGUCGAAGGAGCUUCAGAUUAAGAAGCAGUUCCAGGAGACUUGCAAAACCCAGACCAGGCAGUACAAGGCCCUCAGGAACCAUCUGCUGGAGACCACACCCAAGUCUGACCACAAGGCCGUACUGAAGAGGCUGAAGGAGGAGCAGACCAGGAAGCUGGCCAUCCUGGCCGAGCAGUACGACCACUCCAUCAAUGAAAUGCUCUCCACACAGGCUCUGCGGUUAGAUGAAGCUCAAGAGGGCGAGUGUCAGGUUCUGAGGAUGCAGCUGCAGCAGGAGCUGGAGCUGCUCAAUGCGUACCAGAGCAAGAUCAAGAUGCAAACAGACGCUCAGCACGACAAGGAGAGGAGGGAGCUGGAGCAGAGGGUCUCUCUGCGGCGGGCUCUGCUGGAGCAGAAAAUCGAGGAGGAAAUGCUCGCCCUGCAGAACGAACGCCUGGAGCGAAUCCGCUCACUGCUGGAGCGCCAGGCCCGAGAGAUCGAGGCUUUUGACUCGGAGUCCAUGCGGCUGGGCUUCAGCAACAUGGUGCUCACUAACCUGGCUCCUGAUUCCCAGGGAGGCUGGGGGGGAGGAGGCGGAGGAGGCCAGGGGGCUCAGGGGGGAGGCCACUGGCCCGGAGGAGGUGGAGGAGGGGGCCACCAUAGUCAUCACCACCAGGGGGGCUCCAGCUCACAGCAGCCUUGGGGUCACCCCAUGCUGGCUGGGGGCCCGCCACCCUGGAGCCUCCACCACCCCGGAGGAGGGAAUCAGAGGGGGAGUGGGGGCGGCAUGGGAGGGGUGAGGAACAGCCCGCAGGCUAUGAGGAGGACGUCAUCAGGGGGGAGGAGUGAACAGGGCAUGAGCAGGAGCGCCAGCAUCACCUCUCAGAUCUCCAACGGAUCCCACCUGUCGUACACCUAGAACAAACACACACACACACUCAAGCAACACAUUAAUUGUCUUAAAGUGAAAGUUUUGUGCAUCGAGGUACAUUGUACACAGACACACACACACCUUGCAUGCACCACACAUGCUUCACACACACUUGUUAUUUCCCACAGUAUGUGUGACACACACUGCACAGUACUGAGACUGGGUUUACCUCAGCCCAGUUCCUCUCCCAUCACCACUGUUCUCUUACAUCAGUGUACUGCAAGCAGCAGUCUGUGGAAACCCAAGAGUCUUGAGACUAAUCCAAGAUGGCUGUUGGCCAUAUACAGUAUGCCACAGUGCAAUAGUGUCAUUUUUACUGUAGCCUUCAGUGCUAUUUUAUGUGUUUAUAUUUGCAGUGUUAGUCUCUGUUGCCAUAGACUCAAAGUAGUGUGUUCUUACAAUCUACCAUGGAGUUUAUUAUGAAAAGUUUGCAGUAUGCUGUUUUUAUAUGCUGUUUUGUGGUAGCACGAUAAGGUGCAUUAUGGAAAAAUUUGCAUUCGUUGUGUGCAAUUUUUAAAGUAACAUUUAAAUAUUUGUCCUUGUGCAAAUUCCUUCAAACCACUCACAGCUUAAGAUUUAAGCACAGACAUGUUACUGAUAGAAGGUUUAAUGAGAUUAUCAUUUAUGUGCAGUUGCAGGCAGAUGAGAGGGCAGGAGGUAAUGUAGGGGUCUGACCAAAGAAUGAUGAUUGAAGAACACGUUGGACAGGUCUAGUAGGAAAAUGUAUAGAAGGUCGUUGUAAGUGAGUACCAGUGGGUAUCUCUGACUUUAUAGAAGUAGUUCAGGGACAGCUGUUGGAUGAACAGCCUAAGUGACUUUAACUGAGAAACUUCCAAAAGAGCAGAACCAGUGAAAUCACCUGGUGAAGUGAUUUAUUGAAACAAAAAAGUGCAUACUCUCAGUCCUCAAUGCCACACAGGUUUGAAGUCCCUGGACUUAUUGUGUACUAUGAGCAGGGCUGCAAAGAUGCCAAAGGUCAAGGGUUCAGAGUCGGAUUUGUUGUUAUAACUAUUCAUGCCAACUUAUUGUGAUGUUUUUUAAUGAGAUUGUGCCAGAGGUGUCAGUGGAAGUUCAGUUCGUACUAUGUGGCCAAGUAGAUGCUGUUUUGUUUUGUUUUUUUCACUGGAGGAGAGACGCAGACGUUUCUUGUGCAUGCUCAGCCUGGUUGGUUGAGCUCUUGGGUUUCCACAGGCCUCUGUCCUUCACUCACACCUGCCCAGUGGACGGCCAGUCGGAGGGAUACUGAAGCCUUAUUAUUAGUCCACGGCCCUCGUGACAGGGAUGGGUUUUCAGCAGCACCUAACCUCUACUUGAAUAGUUUCAAAACUGUGUGUUCACUCUUCACUUGUUCGCAGUCUCUUCCCGGUCUAAUUUGGCACUGUCUUAGCAAUGCACUAUGCAGUUAAAAAAAAAACUCUGAUAAAUUAAACCAUGCCUGUUGGCCUACCUCAAGAACACUCAAGCAGAGCUUCACCACAGGGUGUCGUGACUUGAUAAUUACUUGCACUUUGGCACAGGCCUUUACCCACACUAAAUGUUAAGACAUAUUUACACACACACUAACACACAUACAGUAGUUAUUGUAUAUUUUUUAUUCCCCAGUCAACCAGUCCCAUGUCCCUUUGCACACUUGGCUGAUGAAUGCAUGUACAGGGUUACAUUUUGUGAAAGUGGGACUGGGACGUGAAAGUGUUAAAAAAAUAAAUGAUUUUUUUUUUUUUUUUUUAAAUAGCACACUUAGUUUUUAGCUGAGUUGGCUGUAAAUGAGCAAACACACUCAGCAACAAGCAAAAUUUAGGUUUGUUUGUUGUUUCGGGGCAACUUUUUGGGUGACAUUGUCAAUCGCAAUUGUCUAAAUAUGUCCCAGUGUGUUGUUUUUGACUUUUGAAAGGGGGUAGGGUUAAGAUGAAUGAACACGGAGUGCGCAGAGGAGCCUCGCCAGGCCUCUGCUGGUUGGUGACUGCUGAAUGUCUCGGUGGGUGGAUGGGUGGUGAUGCUGUGAUCUCCGCUGCCAUGCCCCUGCAACCUUCCCCGGUCUGACACCCCGCUCUGUCUCACCCCUGGUGACCCCAAUGUCAUGUUCUGACCACCAGUCUCCCUGGCUCCCCUCACCUCCGUUUCCUCCCCUCAUGAGCCUGGUGUGGUCUUCACCCCCUCCCUGAUCUAUCUGAGAAGAGCUCUUCAAGUGAAAGAAAAGAAGAAAAAUAUAUAUAUAAAUAUGUAUUAUUUUAUAAGUCUAUAAAAAAGAAGGAUUAUAGAGAAAUAGAUAUAGGUGGAAGUCUUAUUGUGAAAUGCAGAGAUUAUGCAUUAUAUGAUUUUCAGAGGUGGAAUGUACAGGAAACCUGUUAAUAUUGUAUAUUUUGAAUUUGAAAAUAUGGAAAUCUAAUUGACAAAUCAAAGACAAAUUAAGUUGUUGUGAUGCGGACACAGUGACGUGGUUUUAGACCAGCGGUAUUCAGAUGUUUUACGGACGCUGGGUUUUCACUGUCUUACUUGCAGCUGCGAGUUCUGAAACUUGUUACAGAUAUUCUGUUGUGAAUGAUAACAACACAAUUCUAGGUCAGAUUGCCUCAAGUAAAUGGCAACAUUUUGUUUUAACGCAGAAUGAGGAUGAUUUUGCACAUAAUUUGAAAUCUAGUUAGGUGUAGCCUCAGCUUUAGCGCAGGCUAUAUUUUACUGACAUUAUGAUACCCAAUAUAGAAGACUCAACCUGUCGUGUUUAGCUUUUUCAUGGAUUUUAGAAGACUCAAUGGCCUAAAGUCAAGAAUAUAAUAAUAGAGAAAAAGAAAGAAAGAGUUGUCCUUUAAAGAUCUAAAAAAUCUGAAAAGUUGCUGAAUUCUAAAAUAUUUGGCGGCAGAAACAACAUGUAGUUCACUCCAAAACCUGAAUUAUUUCCAAAUGCUUGCACAAGACAGUGAAAAUAUAUCUGUUGUUUGAUAUCUACAAAGGGGUUACUCUUAGGUGUUGUGGGGUCCACUGAUAUUAUUUGGACUUUGAUGUCUGAUUCAUGAAACGUGUGCCCUCUUUUGUUCUGGUUACACACAAAACACUUUCACACUGCACUUAAGUAUUUGCCUUUUUAAAAAGAAAUCUUACCACCCUGAACUCAGACCUUAAAAUCCUGUUGUUUUUCACGGCUCAGUUCUGAAAACAUAAAAAAAAAGGAAGAAAAAAAAAAAGAAGGAAUGUGGUGGUCCCACUUCUUUCUCCAGCCAGUAUGCCGUCGUACCCAACACAUUUUACCAACCUUUCUUCCAGUUCUGUGGUGUUUUAUUUCCUUUUGAUGCCAGAAAGGGUAAUUUUAUUAUUUUCCUGAUGAUGUCUGCAGAGGGCCAAAUGAGUGGCAGAUUUUUAGAGCUCUUGUGUUUACUAGAAUUCCCAGGUUUUUUUUUUUUUUUUUUUUUUGAGGCAGUUGGGGCAUAGUCUAGCUUUAGACCUUGGUCACUCUGAACUGGAUCAGUUGCACUGAUUGCACAAGUGAUUGACCAGAUUAAAGAGUCUACUGUGAUCCCCCUCAGUGUGCUGAGGGAUGGCUGCCAUUGGCUGAGCGUAGGCAGGAGGCAGGGUCAUGUCUCUGUACAGUCUGUUUAUCAGUAUUCCUUUUAUCUCUCCUGUCAUUUGGUGGAUCUUGCUGUUUUAUUCUCCCUGGUCCAGAGACCUGUAUUAAACUGUAUUAAAUUGUAUAGAUUGUGCAAAAAGCUGAAUGUCGCAUAGCAGAAGAGAAAAGCUAUUCCUUACAGAUGACAAAGUGAUUUAAAAUGUAUAAAAGAAAUUCAGAAACAAAGUUUAGGGGAUAAAUGUAAUAUUUUGUUUGUAAUUACUAUUUUUUGUUGGAAGAGGGCUACUGGAUAAAGAAUCAUCUGUAAUAAAGUAAUUUUAAUAUUU